GCGGUUGACCAUCCAACGCCGCCGCACAUCCACCACAUCUCCGCCGCCGACACCGAACACUUCUCUUCGACAUCCUCGAUUCGCAGAACUCCAAAGAACAGGACGACUUAGUUACCGCCAACUGCAUCGCCUGGAGCUCCACAUCUACCAAACGGCGUCAUGUCUUCGCCGUUCAGCAUCAAUGGCGGUGCCUGCGUUGCCAUGGUCGGCAAAGACUGUGUAGCCAUCGCAUGCGAUCUACGUCUCGGUCUCCAAGCGCUCACAGUCUCCAACAACUUCCCCAAGAUCUUCCCCUUCGGAUCAUCAACCUACCUCGGUCUCACAGGCCUCGCCACAGAUGUCAGCACAGUGUCGGAGCUGUUCCGCUACAAAGUGAAUAUGUACAGAUUACGGGAAGAGAGAGACAUCAGCCCGAGGACGUUUGCCAACUUGGUGUCGAGUUCGUUGUAUGAGAGGCGGUUUGGGCCGUGGUUCGUGUCACCUGUUGUGGCAGGUAUUGAUCAGAAGACAGGGAAGCCGUUCAUCUGCGGAUUCGAUUCGAUCGGCUGUAUCGACUUCGCAAAGGACUUCAUCGUCUCCGGCACUGCAUCAGACCAGCUCUUCGGUACAUGCGAAGGUCUCUGGGAGCCCGAUCUCGAGCCUGAGGACCUCUUCGAGACUAUGUCGCAGGCGUUGCUGAGUGCUGUCGACCGUGAUGCGCUCUCCGGCUGGGGUGCGCAUGUGUACAUUAUCGAGAAGGACAAGGUCACGAAGCGAUUGUUGAAGGGACGACAAGAUUAAAUGAGCAUUAUGGAUCUGCCCGGCAAGAGCAAGCGCAUCCAGAAGAGCAGCAAAGCUUGAUAUGAUAUGGCUCCAUUGCAGAACAAGCAGCUCGGAGCCUAAAUCACGCCCAUGUAUGAUAGCAAGAAUCUUGCAUAUGGAGAAGCGGCAUGCGACAUAGAAGCGUUGCAAUAGCUCUGCCCUGCGCUGCGCGAUAGCUCGCAUGAAUGACAACGAUACAGCAUAAUGAUCCAUCCGGCUCCAUGCUCCGAAGCUUUGUGGGAAGAAUCGUCGAACGAUCAAGGGUGCUUGAAGAUGAACGUACUCAACAGCAUCUAGUUCGAUCAAGCCAUGAUCGCUCUGAAUACUCUCAAUACCAGACCUUGAGACGCACCA